AAAUAGAGCCAUGGCAUCUAGUUUAUUAAACCAUUCGUUGGCACAAGAGGUGAACACAACUCAUUCGCAACCUGAGGACGACAGUUACAGAAUUAAACAUGAAAUACCUUAUCCUUGUCGUUGCCUUGGUCAUCAGUAACAUUUCAGCCAUGACGACUGAAGAAGAUUUCCUCCAAAACAUCCAGAAACGGGGCUGCAUUCACCGCAACAAGGAGUGUGGUCAUGCACGUAAUAAUUGCUGUGCCGGCAUGUUUUGCCAGUUCCAGAAAGGAGAUCUCUACUUGUGUAAAGACAACGGCACUCCCAAACUUGGAAUGGGCAAGGGAUUCCACAAUGGGCUAGAGGCUUCUAAGGGAAAGUAAACAAAAUGGAUUUCCUAGUACGCUGUAUAUGAUUCAAUUUAACAGAAUAAAUGAAAGUGUCCACUAUAUAAGUUAUUA